UAAUGUAAGACACAGCGUGUACUCAGUGUCGCACAUUUCCUACCUAAAACAGCAUUCAUUCACCGAAAAGGUUACGCAAAAAUGGAUGACGUAAGUAGUAAUGUUUUACAUUCUCUAUCCAAAAAUUGUUAUUUACAUUGAUACAGCCAUAUAUGAUUAUGGUGUAUGUUGUGCCAAAUGCUUUUUCAUGUUUCCGUCUUCAAGGAUUGGGUAGCUUACAUAUUGAAGCCGUCAAAAAUUAUUUUUGAAGCUUAAACAAUUUUGUAUAUUAUACGUAUGUUAUAACCAUUUGUAUCUAAUCAUAGUUGGGGUUUAACAACUAUGGUGCUAUAAAUUUUACGAAACGCUUUAUUGUGAUAUUCACUAAUAAGUUUGUUUAGACAAAACAGAUGAUGUUUCAUACAGUUAUUUAUCUUAAACAGUCAAUGUCCAGUAAAUGGGUCAUACAUCUGUUCUCACAAUCUAAACUUCAACACUCAACAUAUGUCAUAUUUUUCCGCCGUUUCAUAAAUUAUACGAUGUGGAUGUGUUCCUGGAAAAGGCAAGAGAAAUGUCGGAGCUCAAUCCACCCGACCUGGUGCUCUUUUCCGAGUGCAUUUGGGGCGCCGCGAGUUUGCAUAAAGACGUUUUUUCUUAGGAAUUUCGAAACUUUGCUAAUGAAUCACGGGGAUAUCAGAAACUUUAUGAAUUUUGUGAUUGAUGAAAGCUAUUCCGACGACCUUGGUAGACAGAAACUUUGGAAAGCGUUUGAAAAUGCUGAAAAAUGUCACAAAAACUUUUACGAGCUGAAUUACAUAGAUAAGGAUGGGAGAAACAAAUAUAUUGAAUCGGUGGAAUACAUGAAAACAUUUUUCAGUGAAGUGAAUGAAGAUACAAUGAGAAAAUCACGAGAAAUAUUAUGGCCUAAUGGGAAAAUUGAUUCAAUUGGCAAACAAUUUUCAUACUUAACACGGGAAUUACCAAACGAAAGCACAGUGGCGUUUGGAACAAUAAAUAUCACAUACAAGUAUUUAUCUAAAUCAUAUACAUGAUUACAAACCCUAUAUUCUCUUCUUUCUCAUGCUUUGAUAUUUUUGAUUUGUACAACUUGAAAAUUUAAUUUGUUGUUUGUAUUUUCAACCAAUUCUAGAAUAAAAUGUUUCUAUUA